AUGAAUGAUUCUCAAGACCCACAAUCGAGCUCACUCGGCUAUGAGUUCGAGGUGAAGGAGCAAGACCGCUGGUUGCCCAUAGCCAAUGAGACCCCUCUCUCACCUUAUAUUCUCAUGUCUCGGCAUCAGGCCUCGCCCUCCGAGUCCCCGGAUGGAACUGGCGGCUCGUCCAUGAGGGCCAGCAGACAUGAUGUGUACGAUGCUAACAUUCGAAACUUCGCUCCAGUCGCUCGAAUCAUGAAAAACGCACUUCCAGAGAACGCAAAGAUAGCGAAAGAGGCCAAGGAAUGCAUGCAGGAAUGCGUCAGCGAGUUCAUCUCUUUCAUUACCAGCGAAGCUUCUGAGAAGUGCCAUCAGGAGAAGCGGAAAACUGUCAAUGGCGAGGACAUUCUCUUUGCCAUGACAUCUCUGGGAUUUGAGAAUUAUGCCGAAGCCCUAAAGAUCUACCUCUCCAAAUAUCGCGAAGUAUGGUCUAUUUUCCCGGUCCACGUUAUUGGCGUCCUUUUGUGCUUCUGCACAUGCCUUCUGUCCCCUUUUUCUAAUGCGUCGUGGCAGCAGUCUCAAUCAAACCGAGGUGAUAAUCAACAAGGCCACCCAGGCGGCCAAGGCUAUGGCACCGCGGGGGCCGCUGGUGCUGGUGCCCCUGCGGGCUCCUUUGAGGGGGGGCCUGAUCUAUCUGGACAGCCAGCCGAGGGUGGAGCAGAUGCCUCUGGCUACAUCUACGGGGCCCAGACUGGUCAUAACGGGGCUGCCGGUGGCGACGGGUACUAG